AUGCUGCCAAGUAGAGGGCUGCGGCCCGCGCAGUUCGCUCCCUUGAGUUCGCGCCAAUCGACGCAUAUAUAUUCUAAUGCUUCAAGAAAGUUCUCGUCCCUCCCCCGAACCGCCCGUCUCCCAUCCUCUCGCACAAGCCUGCUGUCCGCUCAGCGGAGGACUGGCGCAGGCGCACACCCGCACAUCGCCCUGACGGCAUCGUCGGUCCGCUACGGCUCGUGGUAUGCCCCGUGGAGCUGGGGUCGCUCAAGUACGCCUGGCGGGCCUACCGAAACGGUGCCCGCUGCCGAUAUCUCGAACACGCCCACGCCACUCGCGCCUGCGCCUGCACCAGCAUUCGAGCCCCAAGUCACGACGGCCACCCCCGAGAUCGCACCCGCAGGCAUCGACAAGGCUGCCGUCACAAACAGCACCGCCACACCAGCCGAGGGCACGUCGUCGACUCUCGAUCAGCACACCCUCGACGAACUGCUCGCCACUGCCACUCCCGUCAAGGAUGUCGUCCCCAAGGCCGACUUUGAUCCCACACAGCUGAUCGACCACCACGGACAGCUUGCUGAGCUCGGACUGGAUUACGGCUACGGAAUCACCACCUUGUUCGAGAAGCUGCUCGAGACGGUCUAUCUCCAGACCGGCUGGGGUUGGGCAGGAACCAUUAUGGCGACUACCGUCAUUGUGCGCAGCGGCAUGUUCGUCUUCCAGGCACUCAGUUCCGACAAGAUGGCUGUCAUGGCCGCAAUGAGGCCAGUCACUGCCCCUCUGCAGGAGCAGUUGAAUGCUGCCAUAGCUGCCGGCGACAAGCAGAAGGCCGAUCUGCUCAGGAUGCAGCAGGCAGUUAUCCUAAAGCCUCUCGCUGGCGGCAUGGGCGCCAUGGCAGCGUUCACAGGUGUGCAGGCUGUUGUUGGUUUCUGCGCCUUCCGCUGCCUCCGCGCUAUGGGUGAACUCCCUGUGCCUGGAAUGAUGCACGAUGGUUUCUUCUGGUUCGCCGACUUGAGCUCACGCGAUCCCUACUUCAUCCUGCCCGCUGCUACCACCGCCAUCAUGUACAAGAUGUUCAAGAGCGGCGGCGAGACUGGUGUUGCAGACGUGACGGCCGAGGCUGCAUCUCGGCGCAAGCUCAUGACCGGCAUGGCCUUCUUCAUCGGUAUCAUCACGGCGUUUCAGGCCUCGGCCCUGCAGCUGUACUUCUUGGUGUCCGGUAUCCUUGGCGCGGGGACCGCCUACCUCCUCAAGCAAAACGGCUUUAGACGCAUGAUCGGCAUCCACGUGCUUCCCAGCCCCGAGAGCAACGAACUCUUCAACAAGGUUGUCAAAGGCGAGCUGAAGCUCAAGGACAUCAAGGGCGCUGACGGCAAAAUCCGCUACCAGGCUCCCACGCAAUUCAACAAGGCAACAAUCCGCCGCAACAACGCAACCCUCGCCGGCGGCGCUAUCAAGAUCAAGGAGGGCACAGCGCUGCCUCUGCACCUGCGGCCAGAGCAGCCCAAGAUGGACAAGGAAUUCCCCGACCGCGAUGCCGACUUCGACGAGGGCGCCAAGGGCAGCCUGAGCGAGAGGAUGGACUACUACCGCCGCAACUACAAGAUGGCCUAUGUCAAGCGCCGCAUGGGCGAAAGCAUGCGCGGCAUGAUGCAGAAGGCGGGCUACGAUGUCGGGACUAAUCUGAGUCGAGAGGAGGAGAAGAGGAAGAGGAAGGCGGAGCAGUAUGAGGUGGAGAGGAGGCGGAGGUUCGAGAACAGG